AUGGACGCCCUUUGUGAAGAUAUGCAUGUAUUCGAAAUAGUGUCCGACCCCGAGGAAUGGUCAGACGCCGAAUGGAAUGGACGGGUGCCCAGAGGAUCUUGGAAACGCUGCAGCGAUUGCAGAACCAAAACCAAUGUUUGCGAACAAUGCAAGUUUUGGCUGGAAAACUAUGGCUGUCCUCGACCAGAUACCACAACAAACAACGUUUCAUCGCCUAAAGCAACCGAAACCAAAACCUGGGGCUCUCCAUCUACACGACCAUAUAUUUCAUUCACACAACAAGUCCGGCAUCAGAUACCGAAUCGAAGGAACAGCGUUUUGUCGGAUCAUGGGUUUGGAUCAUGGAGUCUUGAAUCAGAGGCAGCCUUGGCUACGUCCUGGACCUCUGUCUCGAAAUCCCCGUCUUCAUUCACCACCGAGGAGGAACACCGCGCGGGAUUCGACAUUCAUCGAGAGUUCGAGCAGGAUCACAGCUUAGACCAAAGCUACAUCAACGUUGCUCCAUUCCCACCCAGGCUGCCUCUGUACGGGUCCGAUGAAUUCACCAAUGAAGUCGCGUCACACACUGCUUUGAGCCCUGUGGUAUAUUCACAAGAAACAGAAAUACUACAGACACAUGGAAGCAUGAGGGUAUAUCAAGGAGAACACCGCGAUGUGUACCACUGCGGUCAACUACCAAACACAACCUUCUUCGACUUAAGAACAUCACACAGUUCUAUUUACACCCGCACCACCACCAUCACUUCGCGCACCCGUCUUCGGAAACAAGCAUCCAAGCACAAGCCUAAUCCCCCAUCGCCCUUCGACUCUGGGUACAUUCAUGUUAUCUUUUCCUGGUCUCACGCCCUUUCUACUAGCCACGUUAGAGGUCUCUGGGCACCUCGCCCUUUCCAGACAGACAAGCUAGACAGCAGCUGGCGCUGGAAAGGUUACAAGCGAGUUAUCUUGAGAUAUUACGGGCUGCCUGGGCUUGUGGAAGUCCAAGGGCGGGGUUGGGGCGGAAGUGUCAAAGGGGGCGAGGUAGGACUGUCCAUCGUGUUUGUUGAGUGGCCGAAAGUUUUGUGGAAUUGGGUUACAAGUUGGAUAAAUGACGAGGUAGAAGUGUUAUGCGGACGCCCGAGGAUAGGAAACGAAGGAGACGUGGAAUGA